CUCGUCUCGGACGAGAUCUUCGUGUGGUUCACUGAAAUGUUCAGCGUGGCGUGCACUCUGAUGUGCGCCGUCGGGGGCUUCGGCAACGUGAUGGUCAUCCGGACGUUUCUGUCCAUGGGGCUCAAGGACGGCGUGACGCUGUCGUUCGUGUUCCUCGCCGUCUCGGACUUCGUCUACCUCCUGACGAUGGCGGCGCACGCGGUGGCGCUCGGGAUGUUCGUCGCCGAGAAGAAGACCGACUACAAAGUCUUCUUCUCCAUCGAGCCGUUCGGCGUGUAUAUCUUCGCCACCAACCUGGGGAUCAUGUUUUACUUAAUCACGGUUCUCAUUACCACGUUUCUCGCCAUCGUCCGGUGCUUGUGCGUGGCGAUGCCGCUGAAGUUCAAAAAGUCGUUCACCAGGAGGACCUCCGUGGCGACGCUGGUGGCGUUUUCGCUGAUCGCCGUGGCGAGCUACCUGCCCAUACUGGUCUACAUGAAGAUGGCCGUCGAGUUCGACCCCAGGGUCAACUGCACGAGGUACGUGCUGUGGAUCUCGCCAAAGAGGGACGAGGUCAAACAGGCCGUGUGGGUGUCCCGGGACGUUUUCGUCACGUUCGUCACCCAGAUCGUCGUCAUCGUCUGCGUCGUCAUCUUAACCAGGAGUCUCAAGGCGGCGUCCAGGUUCCGCAACGGCUCCCUUGUCGUGACGUCACUGGCGCACCCCCGGGAACAACCCGGACAGCGGCAUCGAAUUUCAACUGCCGUAGAGAUAUACACCAUCUGUGACGACCCGUUUGGGAAACAUUCACGCCACCAGAAUCAAAGACCAAAUUCCACAGAGCAGAAUCAAAGACCUAACUCCACAGAGCAGAAUCAAAGACCUAAUUCGACAGAGCAGAAUCAAAGACCUAAUUCCACAGAGCAGAAUCAAAGACCUAAUUCCACAGAGCAGAAUCAAAGACCUAAUUCCACAGAGCAGAAUCAAAGACCUAAUUCCACAGAGCAGAAUCAAAGACCUAACUCCACAACGCAGAAUCAAAGACCUAAUUCCACAGAGCAAAAUAAUCAAAGACAUAUUUCCACAGAGCGGAAGCAAAGACCUAACUCCACAACGCAGAACCCACGAAACAAUUUGACGAGCACCCGCCACGCUGAGGCUUCCGGUCAAGUGGGCGGCCAACCCGGCAAGCUGUCCUCUAAGGACACGUCGGUGAUCCAGCAAGUGGUCCUCAUCUCCGUCGUGUACAUCGUCUGCAACACGCCCAAGAUUCUCAUCGACGUCACCGCCAUGUUCGUCCCGGAGUUCACGCUGGGGAAGAGUUAUCAGAACUUGUACCUGGCCGUGAUUUGCAUCAUGGAGAUCUUCCAGGCAUUCAACUCCAGCAUCAGCAUCAGCAUCUAUUACAAGUACAACACUAAGUUCAGGAAACAGUUU